AAGUGUACAAACAAUACAAGGCACAAUGCUGAGGCUCCUGGUACUUGCUGCGCUUGUCCUUUGUGGACAUUGUUUCAAUGAUGUGCGCUACAUUGAAGAUAAUCAGCGAGUGAUUGGAGGAAGUGAGGUAGCCAGGAAUUCUUGGCCAUGGCAGAUUUCCCUCCAGUACCUGUCUGGUGGCAGUUGGUACCAUACCUGUGGGGGCUCCCUGAUCCGUGCCAACAGGGUCCUGACAGCUGCUCACUGCGUAGACACGGUCACUUCCUAUCGUGUGGUGGUGGGAGAUCACAACAUUUACCAGAAUGAUGGCACAGAACAGUACAUCUCAGUAUCAAGGAUUGUGCAACAUGCCAACUGGAACAGAAACAAUGUUGCUGCUGGGUAUGAUAUUGCAGUGCUUCAUCUGGCCUCCAGUGCUGCCCUCAACAGCUAUGUUCAAUUGGCCAACCUGCCCGCUGAUGGUGCGGUCCUGGCCCACAACUAUGCCUGCAUUAUUACCGGAUGGGGCAAAACCAGCAACAAUGGCUCUGUUGCCUCCGUACUCCAGCAGGCCCCUCUGCCCGUGGUAGCCCAUGCAACCUGCUCCACUGGCUCCUAUUGGGGAAGUACAGUCAAGUCCACCAUGGUGUGUGCUGGUGGUGAUGGAGUCCGUUCAGGAUGCCAGGGUGAUUCUGGUGGCCCUCUUAACUGCCCUGUCAAUGGUGUGUACCAAGUCCAUGGUGUCACCAGCUUUGUUGCUGCUGCUGGUUGCAAUACAUACCUGAAGCCAACAGUGUUCACCAGAGUUUCAGCUUACAUCGGAUGGAUCAAUGCUAAUAUUUAAAAUGUGAGCGUAAAAGAAGUUUGAAGAGUACCAGAUAACUCUAAUAAAGGAUAUGUAAACAUUGAAUAAAGUAUAAAAAAAAUCUUAUAAUA